AUGGCGAAAGUGGAGAAGAUACAAAGAACACAGAGAUUCGGAUUAGGGAAGAGAGUUGGUUGGGCGAAGAGAACGAAGAAGGUCGGAAUCGUCGGCAAGUACGGUACUCGUUAUGGAGCGAGUAUCAGGAAGCAGAUUAAGAAGAUGGAGGUGAGCCAACACAGCAAGUACUUCUGUGAGUUCUGCGGCAAGUACGGAGUCAAGCGAAAGGCUGUUGGUAUCUGGGGAUGCAAGGACUGUGGCAAGGUCAAGGCCGGUGGUGCCUACACCAUGAACACCGCCAGUGCCGUCACCGUUAGAAGCACUAUCAGGAGGUUGAGAGAGCAGAUCGAGGGUUAA